AUGUCUUCUACAUAUCCCUUUAACCAACCCUCAAACUUUGUUGACCUCUUGCAUAGCCAGCAAGAGACUGUGGCAACCUAUCCUAAUCCAUUCCCAUCACUAGAACUCCCUGCAUUCAGCACCCAAACUUCCCUUGAAGAUCAAGGACCAUUCGAUGAUGAGCCGACCAAGGAGCCUGCACAUCGUCGAGAAAGAAGAUCAUGGAAUCCUGCAGAUGAUACUCUCCUCAUAAGCGCAUGGUUAAAUACAAGUAAAGAUCCGGUUAUAGGCAAUGAACAGAAGUUGGGUUCCUUUUGGGAUCGCAUAGCUACGUACUAUGCGGCUUCUCAUACGAGUGGUGAUGUUCGAGGGCCAGGUCAGUGUAAACAGCGCUGGCACAAGAUCAAUGAUCUUGUCUGUAAAUUCGUUGGAGCUUAUGACGCAGCAACAAGGGCAAAAGGAAGCGGUCACAAUGAGACUGACGUUCUUAAGCAGGUGCAUGCUAUAUUCUAUAAUGACCAUAACAAGAAAUUUACCCUGGAGCAUUGUUGGAAGGAGCUUCGGAAUGAUCAGAAGUGGUGCGAAACUUUGACCACUCAAACCGAUGGACCCUGCAAACGGAGGAAAGCUGACAAUGGUAGACGAGCUGUCAAUGGUGAACCAUCCGAAGUUGAUGGAAACAAGGACGCCGAAGCUGAUCAGGCUAACAUCCGACCUCCUGGAGUGAAAGCCGCAAAAGCCAAAGGGAAGAAGGCAUCAAUGGUGGUGGGGAAGUCUUUGAACGAGUUUAGUUCCUUGUGGGCUGUUAAAGAGAGGGAUAUGGUUCUGAAGAAGGAAAUCACGGCAAUGGGACUCCUGGACUCUCUAUUCGCAAAAAAAGAAUCACUCACGGCGACUGAAGAAGCCUUGAAGCAAAAGCUCAUAAAUCAAUUGUUGGGUAAUUAG